UUUUACAACACUCUAACGCCUGGUGUUGUAAUUUUUCAUUUGUCGCAAGGUGAAAUCGAAAUGACGGCUAUUUAAUAGUGCAAAGUGAAUUUAAAUCACUAAAAAUAUCACCAAGUUGUAGCUAAUAAAGGCGUACAUCAGUUUUGCAUAAAUGCCCGAAAGAAAAUCUAUACCAAGUGCAUGAAAAACGUGAUUGAAAAUUUACUUUGUGUGUAGCACACACACGCACACACACAUGAAGAUAAACGCAGCAAUGGCCUCGCACUCGCAUUCACAGCAUAUAUGUAUAUAAAAGCUCAGUUGUAUAUUGAAGAAGGAGCGCACAAAGCAAAAGACGAGAAGAAAGAUUUCUGUGUCAUUGAACGAGGCAAAGAGGCGACGACCAGACCAAGACCAAGGAGUCCCCAAACCACAACGUAGCAAUUACAUACAAAAUACAUACAUACAUAUAUAAUAACAGCUGCAGGUGCCCCAUCAAGGAUACUACGCUCUGUUCUUUACCCCCGCAUGUUUAUUGGAGAAAUCUUGCCCUUGUCUUUACCAAACACACACACGCACACACGUUACGAUCGAUAUUGACGCCGCCUGUAUAUAAAAGUUUUUAUUGAACACACAUAUCCCAUACAAAUGCAAUUACAAUUAGUGCUCAUAAAACAUUGUUUUCGGUGUGUGUGUGUGUACGUCUCUCCUUGAAUGAAUUCAAAAGAGAACAGAGAAAAUUAAAGAAACACAAAGCGGAAAUACUCUGAAAUUGUGUGCAUGUGUGUGUGCGUGUGUGUGGGCAAGUAUAGCAAUCGGUAGUGCUUUGUGCGUAUGUGGAAAAUCAACGCAUCAGAAUACGAAACGCAAUCAGAGCUCGCUAUAACCCGCAGUUAGCAGUCCUGAGCAAGAUCAUACUAACACACAUACUACUGCAGCAGUCGUUGCAGCAGCAGCAGUAGAAGCGAAGCGCCGCUCAAGGAUUGAGCAAAAUGGCCGCUACACGAACAACAGCACCGAAAGUCACAGUUUUAUGACUUUAAACUUAUAUUGAACGAGACACAGAGAGAAGGUGAGAGAGGGAGAGAUAGAGAGAGUGAGAGAGCGUAAGAGGUCGAGUGCAUUAGCAACAGCUGCUACCGUACGUAGCUUGAUUAGCCAGAGUUAGCAGCCAGUCGUCAUCAUGGUGGACAGUGUGCAGUGCCCCGUGUGCACGCUUUAUCUGCAUGCGGGGAUGAAUCUCUCCGAUCAUUUGGAGACACAUCCAAAGGAACAGGUCAUCAAGGCUCUGGUGCAAAUGACCAUUGUUAGCAACAAUGGUAUGGGCAGCGCCCUUGCAGCAGCAUUGCUCUCUGGUGAUGGCGCCACUAGCUCCACCUCAUUGUCAUCCACGAAUGCGGUUGAUGUCAAACCAGUUGUACCAGCAUCUUCACCACCACCUCCACCACCACCAAUAACACCAACAGCAGCAGCAGCACCUGCUGCAGUUGCAGUGGCAACGGCAGCAACUAAAUCAACAGCACCCAAAAAUGCGUUGCCCAGCAGCAACAGCAGCAGUAGCAGUAGCAACAGCAACAGCAACAGCAGCUGCGGCAACAAUAACAAAUUGAGCAAUCCACCGAUAAAGGCAGUAAAAUGCGCGCCACCUACGACUGAGGCGCCAGCCAACACAUCAAAUACACCCACCACAAACAGCGUGACCGCCAUCUAUUCCGACUAUCGCUAUGACCAGCAAUCCCAGCAGGUAACGCCAACAGCAACAACUACGGUGCAUAGCUUUGCACGUGGUGCCACUACGCUGGUAAUACCGCAAGCAACACACCAGCAGCAGCAACAGCAUCAGUAUCUGGCCUCACAGCAGCAGGCUGCCCAUUUUGCCCACCUUCAGCAACAGCAGCAACAGCAUCAGCCGGCCAUGAAGUACACCUAUGCAGCAGCGCUGCCACCACUGCAGCUCUUUGCGCAGCAGGCGACAUCAACGCAAUCACAUCAGAAGCCACCACCCGCCUAUGGCGCCGCCAUCAGUCAAAUUCGAUCUCAGCACAACCAAAAUAAACAGCAACAACAACAACAACAACAGCAACAACAACAACAACAGCAGCAGCAACAACAACAACAGCCGCCGCAACAACACAUAACCUUACAACAUAACAUAAACCUUGCACCACCGAGUGGCAAACAUAGUAAACUUCACACGGAUAUCUUCUUGAAUCCACCACCACCACCACCGCCACAGCUCACAAUUCCGUCAACAUUGUCGACUGCCUCAUUAAGACUGCAAUAUCCGCAACAGCAUCCACAAGCCCUUACAGGCAGCAGUAGCAGCAACAGCAGUAGUAAUUAUGGGGUAGCUAACUGCGCCUCUGCUAACUCCUCGUCUGCAUUGAUGUCAUCCAUCUCCGUCGCACGUGCAAGCAGCAGUCGCCAGACAACCAAUUCACCUUUUGGUGCGCUGCUAAAUGCUGCAGCGCAAGCUGCAUGCGCCUCUCCCGCCUCAUCCAGUGCAUCUGUACUGCGAUAUGCCGAAUCGCCAGUGGCUCACUAUUUGGAGCGGGAUAAUGGCGACUUCAUAGUCCAGGAAACUCCCAAGCAUAUUGUCGAAUGUGUUGAGAAGGAAGACGGCGAGUUCUCAGUGAUUGAACGCAUCUAUCAGUCACCACCUAGCGUACUGCACAUACACGACGAUGACGAAGACGACGAAGAGGAAGACGAGGAGGAGGAUGACAAGGGGUGGGCUAACAGCGAUGUUGAGGAUCACAUGAAGAUGGAUGAUCAUGUUGAAGAUGGGGACGAUGAGCACGAGGAUAGUCGGAGCAGAGCUUCUCACAAAGCUACAACGAAAAAGUCUCGCAAAGCAAAAGUAAGUGGAAGAAAGCACAAACGCAUCAACAAGCAUCAACCGGACGAUGAGGAUGACUUUAUGAGCGUAGGUAGCAGCUGCGCUGAAAGCGAACAUCAGUUAGAGCAGCAGCAUCAGACGCAGCAGACACAUGUGCCACAGGUGGCAUCCCCCACGCCAGGUCAACUUUCCACGGCGCCUUCAACGAGCAGUGGAGCGGCUGCUGCUGCUGUCGGUGCUUCCUGCAGUACCAACUCGAACAAAUCCAAAAAGAAUCGUGUAACAGUACUCAGCGAUGUUCCGCUAAACAUGAACGAGUAUUUGGAUCUAGUGGGCAACAUUGUAGCCUCUAGUCGCAUUGGCGCUACUCGUCCUUUUGCUGCUGUGGCGCCCAUACCAUUGGUCAAGGUAGAGAAGGAGGAGCCAAUGGAUGAUUACGAUACCGUAAGAGACGAGAUGCAAGCUAUGGAGCAAAAGCACAACAUGGAGAAUGCUAGUGGCAGCAGUAACAGCAGCAACAGUGGUCAUGGCACCACCAGCGUCAUACGAAUGGCCAGCACCAGCAGCACCACCACCACCACAAAUGUUGCCAACGACGAUCUCACACAGCCGCCGCCAAUGAAAGUGGAGGUGGAGCCAACGGUGCUACUACCGCAACGUUUCUCAGCGCCAGCGCAGCAUCGUGGGCCUAAGAAGUUAGUCAUCAAACCAAAGGCUACAGUGACGGCGGCAGCAGCAUCGACGGCAACGACUAAAAAGACUGAUAACAACGCUGCCAGCAGCAGCAACUGCGCCGAAACACUCAGCAUAUCAUCAAAAGCAUCCCCAGAGCCGUUGCAGAUCAAAAGCGAGAAUGUUGAGCAUGCUCCCACAAGUGGCAGCAUUUUGGAGAAACAUCUAACCAAUAGCUUCGCCGCACAACAGGCACGCAAACACUCUGCGGUCAACGACGACGAUGCACGCGUGCUGCUUGAGUUUGCCAACUCAAAGCAGCAGCUUCCGCCGGGCAAUAGCAAUCAGACUACAUUCGUGGUAAAUGCGGCCAGUUUUGCUUCGGCUGGCUCUGUAUUUGCGAGUGGUAGUAGCAACGUUCAGAAGUCAACUAAGCCGGGCGAUGAAUACAUUCUGCCAGAUAAUAAUCUAGAGGUGGAUGAAAUUGUGAUAUCCUCCUCGUCUUCCUAUGCCUCCGAUUCGCAGCACGAACAAUUGCAGCAGCAGCAGCAGUCACAGCAAUCGCAGCAGCAGCAACAGCAGCCGCCAGCGCAGCAAGCCUUGCAGCAGUCGCAGCAGCCGUCCUCCUUUACAGAUUUCAAUUUUCUGUACCAUCAACAUGGCACAACAACUGCAGCGGCAACAUCGACGGCAGCAGCAACAUCAACUGCCACAACCUUUGCUCCAUUUGGUAUGCAGCAACAGCAGCAGGUGCUGCAACAUCCACAGCAUGGCUCGAGCGAAGCAACCAAUGCUGCCACGCUGGCCUCCUCCUCUAGUAACUCAUCAGCUUUAGAUCAGGAUUGCUCCAUGAAUGCAACGUUUCGAGUUAGCAAACAACAGUCCACAAUGGGUCCCUGGUAUCAGCCACAGCCGCAGCAACAGCCACAGGCGAGCACGUCACACGGUUCCAGUGUGGAGCAGUCAAGCAAUUUUAUUGCUGCACUUGCAGCUGUUGAGUGCUGCAGCGUUGCGGCCGUGGAUAGCGACGUGAGCGAAGCCAAGUAUUUGGACCUGGAUACCUGUAAGCGGGAACAAUUGAGCAAUAGCAGCAGCCAUUUGCCUUCGGCCUCUGCGUCCACCACAUCCUCGUCAUUUGCAGCCGCCGCCACGGAGAGCAGUUUGGUUGGUGGCUUGGGCUUGAACAUACGCACUGAUGAGAAAAUGCCCGCCAAGGGUGAAAUUUCCGAGCAGGAAAGCAAUUGUGACAUUGAAAACUCCUGGAGUCAAUCGAUGUACGGCGACUUAUCACAGCGUUACUUUAGAAACCAGUUCACGGAUGGUUAUAAUCAGCAGCUGGCCGAUUGGCGUCACGAUUACUAUCCGGCGCAGGAUCUCAGUGGCCAGCAGCAGCCAGAGCGUGAGCAAAAGCGCUUCGAUUUUAACGCGGUCGCUUCGGAGUACACGAAUCCGGGUCAGUUGGAUACAUCCCCAGGCUCAACUAGAAACAAUCAUUUGUUGGAUGCACAGCCCACCACCUCCUCGUCGUCGUCAGCUUUGCUGGCUGGUCCACCAAUAGCUUCGACAUCGCGUGCUGCUGCCGAAGCGGAGGCCGUGGCUGCAGCGCUGGCGCAACGGAAGCCACCGCGUCGCAAGAUCUACAAGUGUCCGCACUGUGUGGCCAUCUUUGAGAAGUUAAAGGAGCGUAACGCGCACAUGAUUGGCGAGCACAACUAUGUGCGCCAGAAUCGACGUCUCAUCUGCACACAGGCCUUGGUCAAUACCACAUUGGUCGACCCACAGGAGCAGGAGUCACAGGGACAACAGCAGCAGCGUCAAUUGCUGCAGGCAGCGGGGCACAGCAAUGGAGACAUUGUGCAUGAGGAUUCCAAGGAUGGCAUUAUAAAGAUCAAGCAGGAACACUGCCACGAUAAACAGGAUGCUUCUGAGCAACUACUUGCCCAUUCAGAGCUGCCUGAUGUGAAGGAUUCCGGGCUACUCAAUGGUAGCGAUGAGAACGGUCGCGAUGCAGACAUGAAGCCCCCAGCCGGCGUCACAGACUUGGACGAGAAGCCAGCCAUACCGCCGUUGGCUAUGACAACACCAGCUGCCAAGCUUGCUGCUCUAUAUCGCAUGCUGAUUGCAUACAAUGAGUCCAAGCUGGGCCAGGAGCGAAACAAUCUCAGCGAACUUGAGCAAAAGGCCAUGGAAAAAUCCAUAUUUUUAUGCUAUGUAUGCCGCACUGAUUUCCCCUCUGUGAAGCUGUACGAUGCUCAUUUGACUGAGCAUCCCGCAGAGUGUUUCACCUGUGGCAAAAAAUUCUAUCGCUGGAAGAACUUUUCGCUGCAUCUGAAACGUCAUUUGGGCUGGAAGGAGUUCGGCUGUUAUAUCUGCGACAAGAAAUUCGUGGUGCGCAGUGCUCUUGUGGAGCACAUGCGCAUGCACACGGGCCAGACACCGCUCAAGUGUAAGAUAUGCGGCAAAAAGUUCAAGCGAUAUUCGAACUUAACACAGCAUCGAAAGCGUCACACUAAGAUUUUGGUGCGAAAGAAGGAGUAUGUGUGUCAUUGUGGCGAGGUGUUGCCGUCUAAGGCACGCUUCUUGUGGCAUAAGGAAACCCACGACUUGAAGCCCAAAUGCUGUCCCUAUUGUUGCGAUCGUUUUGUGCAUGCCAAUUCGCUGCGAAGGCACAUUCGACUGGCACACUCGGAUAAGUUUGAUUAUGCUGAGCCCAUGGAGUGUCCCAUGUGCAAGCAGAUCUUUGCCAAAACCUCAAUUAAGGCGCACAUGGCAACGCAUUCGACAGAUCCGCAAUACGAUUGCGCCAUAUGCAACAAGAGCUUCUCCACAAAAUGGAACCUCAAGAUCCAUUCGUGGGUACAUGCAAAUCGCACAGCCAAACCGUUCAAAUGCGAAUACUGCCCAAAGGCUUUUGUGCGCGAGCUGGACUUCAAGAACCACAUGAACGCACACAAGCAGAUCAAGCCAUACACUUGCGAAUACUGUGGCUGCAAGUUCAUACGCAAAUACAAUUAUAUGCGGCAUCGGCGGGAGCAUCAUGGCAACAAGAAGUUCACCUGCGACCAGUGUGACAAGUCUUUCCAUCGGCAUUAUUAUCUAAUUGAGCAUCGGCGCAUCCAUACGGGCGAGCGUCCGUUCCAUUGUACCAUCUGUGGCAAGAGUUCGACGACAAAGACCAAUCAUAAUAAGCAUCUGAAGAUACAUCAUUCACGGGAUCCAUUCACCGUGGAGGUUUAAAUGGAAUAUACUAACCAACUAAUUGACUACUCUAAACUAAAGUUUAAUUCAUUAAUUAGAUAGCUGUUCGUGGCUCUUCUCUGUGUGUAUGUGUACAUGUGUGAGUGUGCGUGGGUGUGUUGUGUGUG